AUGGAAGCCCAAAGGGUACAGACCAGGUGUGGACCGGGCAAGCGGGUGGUCAAGGUGGGCGAGCGGCAGGCAGAGUGCACUCCAAGCCAAACGAAUGGCUCGGUCCCCAGCGUGGCAAGUGGAGAGAGGAGAGCGGUGAGAGGCACUCCGGGGCAAGAGGAGGCCCGACCUCAGGCCCCAUCAGAGAGCAAGCUCACCCACAGGCAGUCCACCUCCCCACCUGCAGCCCAGCCGGGGAAAGCGGAGAACAAAAGCUACAGGGGGCUCCUCUCCCCCAGCUACGGCGACCAGGUGCAGCAUUUCAAGGUGCUGCGCGAGGCCUCGGGGAAGUACUUCCUGUGGGAAGAGAAGUUCAACUCCCUGAAUGAGCUGGUGGAUUUCUACCGGACCACGACCAUCGCGAAGCAGCGGCAGGUCUUCCUGCGGGAUGAGGAGCCCCUGCUCAAGCCCUCCCAGGCCUGCUUUGCCCAGGCGCAGUUUGACUUCUCGGCCCAGGACUCCUCACAGCUCAGCUUCCACCGCGGUGACAUCAUCGAGGUCCUGGAGCGCCUUGACCCCCACUGGUGGCGGGGCCGGUUGUGUGGACGCAUCGGCUUCUUCCCGCGGAGCUACGUCCAGCCAGUGCAGCUGUGACCCAGUGGGGCCCGGGGGCGGGGGCAGAGCCGGCAGAUCAUCCACCCGCCAGACACUGAGGUUCCGAGAGAAGACGUGGACGCCCC